CUGGUCACUCAGCUCGGUAAGCUACCAUUGAGGCGUCAUUGAUCGACCAACGCCCUUUAUUCACAUAUUUUCUUCUUUGAUAUCGCCACCAAUCCCUGCAUUCUCGAUAUACGUCUGAAAAAUGCGCGCAUAUUAUUGGGGGGCACGACCUUGCGCUUCCCCUCGCCGUGGGGGUCGGUCGUGUCUGUCGGAAGCAUCUCAACCUUCAUGCACCACUCUAACUAGUAACUUGACCCGACUUCCACUUUACCGACCCGCCACAAUAUCACCCACCGCAAUAGCAGACAAAAUCUCCCACGUCUUCCUCAUAAGCGUGGCUGGAUUCCUCCGGUCGGUGAUCUCCGUCGCCAAUAUAUCCUUGUCUGCCCGCAUACCGAACCUACAUAUGUACUGGCACUUGCUGGAAAGCUGUCAGCACAUAAAUAAGGUACGCAAAAGAUGUGUGUGUGCAUUGAAGAAGAGUAAAAGAUACUCUGCGGAAAUGUCUAACUAUGAAGUAAAAGGAGGGGAAAUUGAUGUGGAUAUAUCGGUCGGAAGUACCUUAUCCGUCUACAGAAAUGGCGUAAGUCACACCCCGAUAAGGUGGCUGUAGGUAUCUGACACACCCCCCCAGAACUGCAGGAUUAAUCCUGACUGUUCUGCUUAAUUGAAGCCGUAAAUCUAGGGUAAAAUAGAGACCUAGAUAUUAAUCCAACGGAUGAACGGCUUAUUGAAAAGCGCGC